AUGUCUUCUCAAAUCUCUGCAGAUAACAUCAAACUAAGUUAUCUUAUUUUAUAUAAUGUUGUUUCUUGUGCUGGCUGGUUUUACGUUCUUGUAUUGAUUUUAUCUGAGUUGGUUCAAAAUGGUGAUUUUGCAACUGUCUAUGAUCGAGUUGGUUGGAUUUUGAUGAUUGUACAGACUGGUGCCCUCUUAGAGUUAGUUCAUGUUAUAUUUGGUUUCGUAAGAUCACCACUCAUAACCACUGCGUUUCAAGUUGCAUCUCGUUUAUUUCUAGUUUGGGGCGUAGUUGAUAUAUUUCCAGAGGUUCAACCUCAUUGGGCGUUCACAACCAUGACAAUUGCAUGGUCAAUCACGGAAUGUGUAAGAUAUUCUUAUUACGCAUUUAACCUUGCUGGAUUUCACGUUUAUUCCCUUUUAUGGUGUCGAUAUACAUUUUUCUUUAUUUUAUAUCCUCUUGGAGCAGGAAGUGAAUCAAUAUUAGUUUAUCAAUCACUUCCAUAUUCUAAACAAUUGAGCGAAAUUUAUUAUUGGCUUCAAGUUGUAAUAUUAUUUGUAUAUGUACCAGGGUUCUACACGUUGUACACUCAUAUGAUUGGACAACGUAAAAGAUAUCUUGGUAAAGGCAAAGAUAAAGCACAAAAAGCUGAUUAG